UACUUUUAAAAAAUUGCAGAGGUGAUGGGUUAUUCAUAUGUUUAUCUUUAAAAAAACAAUAUCUCAAACUUCAAAAUACAAUUUUUAGCUCUUUUUUUUUUGUUGUGUUUUUCUUAUAAAGCAUAUAUCAGAAAAGAAAAUGGCUUCUAUAAAUAUAUUCACCCCGGCUCCACUCACCGCCGGCGGCAUCCGGAAUCCAACUAACAACUCCUCCCGGCGGCGACCCAACUCAGUUUCUUUCGUUUCUAAUUCGCCGGAAUCUCCUCCCGAAAUAGAACUCGAUUUCAUUGCGCCUAAACCGGACGGCGAGGGUUCGUUUCCGGUGGAUAAAGCGAAAGCAAUAAGCGGCGAGAAGCUGAUGAGGAGCAUCAUGCUGGAUAACAAGAUUGAACUUUAUGCCACCUAUGGAAAGUUGAUGAACUGUGGGGGAGGUGGUAGCUGUGGAACUUGUAUUGUCGAGAUAAUUGAAGGACAGGAUCUUUUAAAUGAAAGGACAAAUACGGAACUUAAAUAUCUUAAGAAGAAACCUGAAUCUUGGAGGCUGGCUUGUCAAACUAUUGUUGGGAACAAAGAAAACUCUGGCAAGGUGGUUGUUCAAAGGAUUCCUCAAUGGAAGAAGUAACAUACCAAGCCAAGUACCAUAUCAUGGAUUUUACAUCAUUCAUUUAUCAAAAAUCUUGCUUUUAUUUAUAAUGUAAGUUUGAUGUUGUAUAAUGUAUAAUUUCCCUUACACGUUUGAAUAUAAUGCAUGCUACUUUACUUUCUAUUCUUUGGGGUACAAUAUUGUAAUAUUGUAAUAAUUAUUAUUAGAUUUUGAUUUAA